UUGGGCACCACGGCACGCACACAACGAACAAAGCAAAUGAACAAGCAGCGCAGUGCUUUACCCUUUGAAGAGGUUCUUACACAGCCAAUGCGCAGUUUGUGUGCCUCUACCGAAGUAAAAGAGCUUAGUUUGCCAAAACAAGAUGUAGAGAACCAUGAUGCGUUCCUCGAUAUAUUUAGUCUUACACAACAAACUCAACCGAUGAUAGAUUCAUUCGAUAGUGGUUCAUUGUUUGCACCAGUUGAAGGUAUGGGUCAUAAAGACUUUUCAGACAAUACUCGUGUAGGUCACACUACUCAAAAAAAUGAAUCAAAACCUAUAUCAAAAUUACUUCGGAAAACUUCGAAAAGGAUUAAGCGUGCUGCAUGUUUUCCGCCUCUCCCACCAGUCACACGAACUACGUUUUGA